GAGUGUUUGCCCUCGUUUGGGGCCGGUGACAAAACUAGAGAGCCCCGACCGAAACACCUGUUUCAUUGGGACAGGGGUGUCCCAGCGAUAAGCGUGGGCGAGCCGACGGAGACACCACAACCAUAGUUUUACGGUUUACUCACAUUGCCGUCUGCUCGCGGAGUAGCUGACUAGCCGACAAGGGACAGCGAUUUUCAAACUGAACGAACACAAUUCAAAGAAAGUGGUGGAUUUUACCGGGAGACAUAUAAGAAAAUCUCGAGCGGUUUGUGACGUCACAAGAUGGACGGGAAGGACGAGAACAAUCACUUGGAGGCCAUCAGCCGGGCGAUGUACAAGUUCCGGGACUACGUCAUCCAUGUCAUGUCAUUCCUCAUGUACAGAUUCACACGUUCCAUCAUUGUCACGUUCCAGAAAUUCACGUGGGCUGUCACGGGCGUGGAGCGAAUCCGACGUGACGCCAAGCGGGGAUUGCAGUUCAAACAAAGUGCGCAUGUGCAGGAGAUAUUCUGGAAGCGGAAGUUCCUACCUACAACCAUUGCGGACCCUAAUAACUUUAUCGCAUUGCAUAAAGGAUUCAAACACCCGAAUUAUGUCCUCAAGCCUUUUGUUUCGCUAUACUGCAUGACAAAGGAUGAGGCAGUGUUUGUAGAAACUCCGGAAGGAGUUAACAUCUACCGAGACAAAAUUUCAAGGACGUUAUACGAGGCACAAUUCGAGCAUGCGACAAAGAUGAUAACGAUGCCUUUAGCUUCCUUCCAUAAAAUCGCUUCUGAUGUUGGGGACCCCCGAACGAGGGUCGUCUGGCUGUCCAGUACGGACCACUGCGGGUCGUCCCUCCUAGCUCAGGUCUUCUCCAGGGUUCCCGGGAUGAUGAUCAUCUCGGAACCCGACGCCAUUACGAAACUUGGGUUCCUGUGGAAAUACGACAUUUUGAAGAAAGGAGAAUAUGGACAGCUUCUAGCUAGCGCAGUUCGUCUGCUCUGCAAACCAGACGACAGGGCGGGGAUGAUCUGUGUGAAAACCCGGUCAUGCGCAACACGACAGGUCGAAGACAUCGUCAUGCUGUUCCCCAAGAUAAGACAACUCUUCAUGUAUAGAAACAGCCUCAAGACACUCGUGUCAUCACUUAACUUGCUACAAACAGACCCGGCAGCUAAGGCGAUGCGAUUCGUUAUGGAUAAUAACAUUCUAUCCACAAUAUUUCCCUGUUUUAGGUCAAUGAUGUACAAUUACUACGUAAGACUCAAUGAGAAACAGAUAGAUUCUCUCAAACCAUCCAAGAUGUCUACCGUCGGCAUCUUCACCGCGGCGUGGGCGGCCGCUGUAGCUAGAGUAGUUGAGAAUAGGGAGAAGGGAUUCCACAUCAUGCCCGUCCUUUAUGAAGAUAUCAUGAAAGAUCCCAGGAGAAGUUGCGCCAUUCUGUUUGACCGACUUGACAUUCGCAAGGAAGCAUUGUCGUUAGCUCUGGAGGCGUUCAAGGUAGAUUCGCAGAAGAGUGCUGUGUAUGGUUUAAUGAACACGGAUACCCGUCGCGCCAUCCCACAGGAAAGUAGGAUAGAGGCAGAUACAAUCCUCAAGAAGUACGGACUUCUCAAAUUAGGGGAGAGGUUUGAGAUCCCUGGUUUGAUCAAGUUGGAUUAAUAACAAUUAAUCUUAAAAUGCGGUUCUAUUCCACAGACAGUGAUUGCGAACGCUCAGGGCACGCCUUUCUGCUGUCGACAUUUUAUAAAAUAUUCCAACAUCUGUCGGCAGCUUAGACAUCUUGGACAAAGCGGACGCCCACCCUGAUCCAUGUUAAACAAUCAAAAGCAUCAUCAUGAAGAUGUCAGAAUCAAACCUCCUCGAACUGUGCCGCUACACAUAACUACCGACAUGAACUCUCGCUUUCAAAGUCUUGCUAAUCAUGAAGGCGUUCGAAAAAACAUUGUCAGGAACAGGAACAGGCAUCUUGAAACGUUAAGCAUUAUAACAAUUAUAGUUUGAGAACGGAUUGUAUGUUGCGAAUAUCUACAGACCACCUUUACCAAGUCAUUCAUCUUGAAUCUAACGAAGUGAUCUGUCCAUUAGGACUGCAUCAGAAUUGCUACCCGAAGUAUAGGAAGCGAAAUAAGCCAAGCGUCCCAAGUGCCUACCAAAGAAGUCCCGGUCUCCAGGAUGAUGAAGAUCAGGACCAAUGGAUACUGAUAAAGCAUUAGGCAUCAGAAAUAUCCCACAUGAUCCCGGUCUCCAGGAUGAUGAAGAUCAGGACCAAUGGAUACUGAUAAAGCAUUAGGCAUCAGAAAUAUCCCACAUGCUCCCGGUCUCCAGGAUGAUGAAGAUCAGGACCAAUGGAUACUGAUAAAGCAUUAGGCAUCAGAAAUAUCCCACAUGAUCCCGGUCUCCAGGAUGAUGAAGAUCAGGACCAAUGGAUACUGAUAAAGCAUUAGGCAUCAGAAAUAUCCCACAUGAUCCCGGUCUCCAGGAUGAUGAAGAUCAGGACCAAUGG